AUGUGCAGAGUCACCUACACUUCCUCCUACCCAAGGACAACUUCCACAACCAACACCAUGUGUGGCAGCUACUACGGAAACUACUAUGGCACCAGUGGCUAUGGGUGCUGUGGCUACGGAGGCCUGGGCUGUGGCUAUGGAGGCCUGGGCUGUGGCUAUGGCUCCUGCUGUGGCUAUGGAGGACUGGGCUGUGGCUAUGGCUCCUGCUGUGGCUGUGGCUUCCGCAGACUGGGCCGUGGCUAUGGCUAUGGCUCCCGUUUCCUCUGUGGCUGUGGCUAUGGAUGCGGCUCUGGCUCUGGCUACUAUUAUUGA